CUUAACAUCUCUUUAUCACCAUAGCAUUGUACUGUGUCUCUACCCCCAGAACUGUGGGGUCCGACAUCCGCCCCGCUUCCACGAACCUGGGGCGGACAUCAGACCCCUCAGUUCUGGGGGUACCGUCUCUCCUCUACACAUUGCUGAUACUUAGACAAUUAGGCAUACUUCAGUCAGGGCAAGUUGGCAACUUAGACAAAGUCGCUGUCUUUCUUUACAGAGCGUGCUCAGUCUCAAAUGAACUUUGGGGACGAAUUCUGUGCAUGGACAUCACUUAUUUGCAGUGACUUGCAGUGACAUACCAGCCAUCAGAAGGGGACAGCAUGCCCCAAAUGCCAAGUGUAGCAGGGAAAAUAUUGAAGCACCUACUAACUAAAAAGGCUUAAAUCACUCUCUUAGGGUUUGUCAGCAGGGUUUCUAGCGAUGUCCAUAAGGUUGAGCUUUUCCCUUGACUUUGUCACCCUUGUUAUCCCACUCCUUCUUGCCUUCACCGUCUGGAACGGGUCCCUCCAGCGAUUCCUGAUCAGUCUUGUGGUUACCUCGGCAACACUCCUCGUGGUGGCCUACCUCUUGCAGCCAGUGAGAUCCCAGCGGGUGAAACGGCCCUCCAAGGCCAAGGCCGUGGCUGCCCCGCGGCCACUCUGGGAGCUCCCCAUGGAAUCGGAACAGCUGGUCUUCAUGACCAUGUUUCGGGUGCACGGCAUUGUGGCCUCGGCCAUCACCAUUUUGGCCGUUGAUUUUCCGGUCUUCCCGCGGCGGUUUGCCAAGACGGAGACGUACGGCACCGGAAUGAUGGACAUCGGUGUGGGAGCCUUCAUGUUCAUGAAUGCACUGGUGAGCAAAGAAGCUCGCGGGGUGCACCAAAACAUCUUCAGUAGUGGGGUAACAGGAGCUCUGAAGUCCCUCACAAAGACAGUGAUAUCAGCUCUCCCCAUGGUCAUACUUGGUAUGGUCCGCCUAGCCAGUGUCAAGAGUUCAGGCUACCACGAGCAUGUAUCCGAGUAUGGCGUACAUUGGAACUUCUUCUUCACAUUGGCUGUUGUAAUUAUAGUUUCAUCGGUCUGUCUGCUCGUCAUUCCGCCAGUGUUGAGCGGCCCGCUGGCAUUGGCCAUCGCGGUGGGCUACCAGCACCUCCUGUCCAAUCGUGGCCUGGGGCAGUUCGUCCUGGCGGGCAGUGAUGGCCAGGGAAGCCGAGAGGGCCUGCUGGACGCCAACCGGGAGGGUCUGGUGUCUUGCGUCGGGUACCUGGCUAUCUACUUGGCCGGGGUUUGGACGGGGAGAUUCCUUCUCAAACGAAGGACGCUGUUCUUCGAUUGGUGGUUGGCCUUCUUGUUGCUGGUUGUGAUCAACGUAUUGCUGUGGAUCUUUCUAGAGGCCUCGUCUGUGUACAUUCAGCCUGUCUGCCGGCGUAUGGCCAACCUGCCUUACAUCAUCUGGACGUUGUGCUUUUGUAUCCAGCUGUUGGCAUCCUACAUGCUGGUGGAUAUCGUUCUUGCAUUAGGCAAAGAAUUCAUCUGGAAAUCCCCCUUCAAGAUAUCAUCGUCAAAAUCUGGAAAGCACCCCUUGCUCCCGGAGUCUGUUCUCGUCGCAGCUCUGCGGCCCAACCUCCUUCUGGUCUUCCUGCUGUGUAAUCUCCUGACGGGCGUGGUCAAUCUGUCGCUGGACACCAUUGGCCAGCCCAUGCCCGCCAGCAUGGCGGUUCUAGUCCUGUACAUGCUGGGGCUAUGCCUAGUGGCCUUCGGCCUACACACCAGGGGGAUCAAGCUCAAGUUCUGGUGACACCGCGGAGAAAGUGACACCGAGAUUUGGGAAAGGAAAAUGAGUAGCUUUGAGGUGUGGAAAGUCGGAGCCAGGAGAUGUGGAGGGACGGAUUCAGCUGUCAGGAAAUGUGGGAGGGGUUAGUGUAAAGGAAUGCAAGUGUAGGGUGUGUUGAAGAGAUUCCAAAUUAGGGGGUUACAAGGCAUACCUUGCAGAAAUAUUGAGAUCAAUGAUGCUCUCUCCUACUUUCUAAGGCAAUUUCAAGAAUAAGUUCAGGAACCUAAGCAUUCCAUUUUGGCCUAGUUUUACUAGUAUCGCAACAUUAGUCAGCAGGUGAAGGGGGGGUGAAUGAACUCCCACAAACCACCCGUAGGUGGGAGAGAACAAUCCAGAAACAUUGAAGGCUCGUUUUGAUAUGUUUGUGAAAUAUUUUUUAUGCUAGGUUUUCCCCAUACUCGAUAUAUAUAUUCUCAGUUUGGUCUGAGGGUUGUGAGAAAAUUACUAGCUGGCUUGGAUUGAUGAAAUAUCUUAUGAAGAGAUGAUGGCGACAAGAAUGAUCAGUGGGUUAACCGAGUCUGAAAUAAUUUAGACGGGGAUUUAUUGCUUAGCGUUAAACACUGCUUUUAAUUACAUAAGCACCGAUCUUGUAAUAUUGAUAGAUUGGUUAGUGUGUACACUUGUGUAGAAUUUUGAAUGGUAUGUUUGUAUCAAGUUGGAAAUACCGGAUUGUCAAUUUUGCGUCAAAUAUAAAAAGUCACAAUGAUUUUUGUA